AUGCGUCCAGUUCCCAUUGUCAGCAUGACGUUGGUCAUGGCGAUCGCCUCGAUCCUGAUGCCCGGCUCAGCAGUGGCCGAGAUGAGCAAGAAACUACAAGCUCAAUACCCUGCCAAGGAUGUGUUGCCGGACACCAACCACCCCCUCGUCAAGAAGUGGAUUGCCGAGAUCGACUGGUCCAAGGUCCCCAAGUUGCCCCUGGCCAAGGCUGAUAUCCCCAACUGUCCCGAUUGUCCCGCUGGCAAGAAGGGCGUCCCCAAGGACGCUUGUUGGUGGACCUGUGAUGGCUGUGUGGCCGAAGACGAUAUUGAGGUCUGCCCGCGCGAUAAGGCCUGGGGGUUGACCUAUGAUGAUGGUCCAAGUGAAGAGACCCCGCGUCUGUUGAGGAAGCUCCAUCAGGCUAAUGUCACAUCGACCUUCUUUGUUGUGGGCUCGCGUGUUCUUGAGUACCCUGAGACUUUGCUCCAGGAGGUCAAGGAAGGUCACCAUAUCGGUCUCCACACCUGGUCCCACGCCGGUAUGACGUCGCUCACGAAUGAGCAAAUCGUCGCCGAGAUCAAGUGGGCCGAAAAGGUCGUCUUUGACGUGACAGGACUCAAGACCAAAUACUGGCGUCCUCCAUAUGGAGAUGUCGACAACCGCGUCCGCGAGAUUGUCCGCCAGAUGGGCUACAAGACCGUCAUCUGGACCAAGGAGUGGGACUCGAACGACUGGCAGAUCCCCGACAAGACCAUCACCAACAAGGAGGUCUUCCGAAACUUCAAGUGGGCCCUUUCGACCGUCCCCAAACUCAAGGGAGGUGUUAUUACUCUUGAACACGAUCUUUACACCCAAACCGUCAACGUUGCUGGACCCCUGUUGGAUAUGGGAAUGAAGAAGGGUCUUGAGCCCAUGGAUAUCGCCCGCUGUGUCAAUGAUCCUGAGCCUUACCAGAACUCGGCUCUUACCCAGAAGGAAGCUGAUAAGAAGCCCGCUGCUGACAUGCCUGCUGCUGACAAGCCUACUGCUGACAAGCCUGCUGCUGACAAGCCUGCUGCUGCUCCCGCUGCCAAGCCAGUCACUCCACAGCCCCAGACGCCUCUCGAGACACCCAAGGCUGCCAGCGCUCCCGAGACCGUUAGUGGCAAGACUGUAGACAGCGCAAUUGCUGCCAAGGGCGUCAAGAAGUCUGAUGCCACCCAGCUCGCAUGGUCUGCAACAUGCCUCGCCAUUGUUGCCAUGUCUGCCCUUCUGUCGCUCUAA